AUGAUGGCUGCUGAUACAGACACUGCUGCUGCUGCUGCUCCAACGGAGAAGCCGGAUAUUAAAGAGAAAGGUAAUACAAAAGAUCCAGAACAAAGGUCUCUUUGGGCCAGAUAUGCCUUGUGGUUACUUGUUCCCAUCAUGCUUGCGGUCUACUUCAGUCAAGAUAGCACUGUGUUGGCGCAGACAAAGCAUGAAAGACAAGUGUUGCCAAACAAUGUCAAACCACUGCACUAUGAUUUGGAAUUAACACCCAACUUGGAGACAUUUGCAUACACUGGAAGAGUCAAAAUUAACUUGAGCAUCGUGAAUGAGACUUCUGUGGUUGUGCUGAAUGCCAACGAUCUCGUUAUCAACAGGGCAAACGCCAUUGUGGGCAGUGAAUACAACUACUCAGCCAUAGAUAUACAAUACGACGAUGCCAUGAAUCAAGUGAGUCUCACGUUUGAAAAACCGUUUACUCCAGAGUCCAUCGUUCUGUUGGACAUUGAUUUUCAAGGUAUCCUGAAUGAUGAAAUGAGCGGAUUUUACAGAUCCUCCUACAAGGAUGUCCAUGGUGAUACCAAGUAUUUGGCUACCACUCAAUUUGAGGCAACAGAUGCCAGAAGAGCGUUUCCAUGCUGGGAUGAGCCAUCUCUUAAAGCGACUUUUGAUGUUACAUUGAAUGUGCCUGAAAAUCUGACGGCUUUAUCAAACAUGAAUGUCAUCUCCGAGGCUGCAUCAUCAUCUGAUCCUACUAUCAAAACUGUGAAAUACGCCACAACACCGAAAAUGAGCACCUAUCUGCUGGCAUUUAUUGUGGGUUCGCUGGAAUACAUUGAGGGCUAUACCUCUGGUAAGUUCAAUGGACAUCCCAUCCGAACCAGAGUCUACACGCUGCCAGGUUACACUAGCCAAGGCCGACAUGCGCUCAAUGUAGCCACAAAGACACUGGAAUACUAUGCCCAGGUAUUCGGUGUGCCCUAUCCUCUGCCUAAGCUUGAUCUGGUCGCCAUUCCUGAUUUUGAUGCUGGAGCCAUGGAGAAUUGGGGCCUAGUCACAUUUCGCACAACAGCUCUCCUGUACGAUGAGGCCAAUUCAGCCUUUGUCUACAAACGACAAACUGCCUACGUAGUGGCUCAUGAACUGGCUCAUCAAUGGUUUGGAAAUUUAGUGACCAUGGAAUGGUGGGACCAUUUAUGGCUAAAUGAAGGUUUUGCCACUUGGGUUGGUUGGUUUGCAGUGGAUCACAUCUUCCCAGAAUGGCGAACGUGGGUCAUGUUUGCAACACAAAACAUGCAAGAGGCUUUGGGUUUGGAUGGCUUGCGUUCGUCUCAUCCAGUAGAGGUCGCAGUAAGCAAUCCCUCUGAAAUCCACCAAAUAUUCGAUUCUAUUUCCUAUCUCAAGGGCGCUAGUGUGAUUCGCAUGGUCAACUCAUGGCUCACCACACCCGUGUUCCUGGCUGGUAUCCACAGAUACUUGACUCAGCACAGACUUGGCAACGCAGCCACCAGUGACCUCUGGUCUGCUUUGAGCAAUGAGUCUGGCAAGAAUGUCUCUGAAUUCAUGAAUACGUGGAUCCAGAAAACUGGCUACCCCAUUCUGAAUGUAUCGUUAGUCGCCAGCGAUCAAAUUCAAGUCUCUCAAUCAAGACAUUUGCUGACGGGCGAUCUGCAUGAGGAUGAAGACAGCACUGUGUGGUGGGUUCCUCUGCGUAUACAAAUCCCAAAAGAAAUACUCGACUACACACUGACAAACAAAAGCCAAGUAUUUACUGUGCCAGAGGACAACCCAUUCAAGCUAAAUCAAGGCCAAACGUCUCUUUACCGUGUCAAUUACGAUACUGUGCUCACCCAGAGACUGAUAAACGAGCUGAGAAAGCCUACGUAUGGUGUAUUGGAAGACCCCAUUGACCGAGCAGGCAUGAUUUCAGAUCUCGGCAUCCUCAGUCAAAGUGGCGAACAAUCUACAGUGGCCUUUUUACAGGCUGCUGAUGUGCUUAAAAAUGAAAGGAACUUUUUUGUAUUGACGGAAUUGAGCCGUCAAUUGGGCACUGUGAUAGCAUUAUGGGAAGAAUUUCCCAAGAUUGAGCCGCACCUUCAGCAAUUGCGUCGCAGCGUGUUUGGCCCUACUGUCAAAGCUCUGGGCUGGAAGACGUAUACAACUGAGCCAGAGCUAUACAACUUGUUGCGGGUUUUGGUGAUCAGUGAGGCAGGUCUAGCAGGCGAUCAGGACGUCAUUGAAGAAGCUAAAAAACGCUACAACCAGUUCAUUGGCGGUGAUCAUGAUGCUUUAUCUCCUGACUUGAGAAGCAUUGUAUAUAGAAUUGUGCUCAAGAACGCAGCAGACGAGCAAGAAGAAGACAGAAUUUGGCAAGAAAUUUUCAGCAUCUACAAGGAUGAUGCCUUCCCUGUCGACCAACAGGUGACAGCAUUAACAUCGUUAGGCUACAAUGUCAGGAGCGACCGUGUUAUCCGCAAGACACUGGAUCUCAUUUUGGAUGACAAGCAAGUGCGUACGCAAGAUGCCUGGAUGUUUUUCAAGGGGUUGGGUACCAAUUUCCAUGCUCGCUACAAGUUAAUUGACUAUUUUGAGAGCAAUUACGACAAGGUCUACAAACGCUUCUCCAAAUCAAUGGGAGCACUUGGCAAUGCAGUCAACUAUAUGAUUUCUGGGCUGAAUAAUGCGCACAAGAUCCAGCAAGUUGAAAGCUUCUUUGCGUCAAAAGACACUCGCGAGUACUCUCGUAGCCUGAACGGAUCUUUGGAGAGAGCCAAAGUGAAUGCAGCAUUGAUUGAAAGAGAGGGGCCAAAUAUGCAGAAAUGGGCACGCUCUAGAGAGCAAUGA